UACGACAUAUAUACUAUGCACAUAUCUUAUAAUUUAUCUCCAUUGAUUUUCUGUCAAUUAAGUUAUCUUGUUUCACUUUUGAUCACAUGUCAAUUACGUUAUUAGCAAAGCUAAUUACAAAUUUACACCAAACUUACUCAUUUUGAUUUUCUACCCUUCUAGGGGGACAACAUAAACGACACCCUCGUGGCUACCUCUUCUAUUUAAAAGAACGUCAAAAACCAGUGACACCGCCACCACGCCGUCAUUUGGUGGGUUGGUUUUGAUUUAUAAACCCAACAAAAAGAAGAAAAAAAAAGAUGAUGAACUCAAUCAUUUUGCAUUUGGUGGUAGGCAUUGUUGCAGGGUUCGCAUUGGGAUUGGUUCUAGGAAUUGGAGUGGUCUGCUGCCUCAGAAUCCGAAGAAGAAGGUGCACAAGGAUACAAUCACCGAGGUCCAUUUCAGCGCAGAGAGAAAAAGCACCCAAAUUACCAGUCAAAGGAGUGAGUAACAAUGGCGUUGACUCCAGCAACACCAACACCACUGUCUCUGAGUUCUCCAACUUUGGCCAAGACUCGCCCAGAACUUCGGAGUGGACCAACAUGCCCCUCUGGCUGGAGGGCCUCAGGAGAAAGAGCGUCGUCUCAGCUUGCGGCAUACCCAAGUAUUCUUUCAGAGAUGUACAGAAGGCGACUUAUAAUUUUACGACAGCUAUUGGGCAAGGAGCGUUUGGGCUUGUUUACAAGGCCCAAAUGAGCACUGGUGAGACUUUUGCUGUUAAAGUUCUUGCUGCUAAUUCCACGCAAGGCCAAAACGAGUUUUUGGCUGAGGUUCUUUUACUUGGAAGAUUGCACCACAAGAGCCUAGUCAACUUGGUGGGAUACAUGGCAGACGUGGGGCAGCAUAUGCUGCUCUACAAGUACAUGAGUAAUGGCAGUCUGUUUUCUCAUUUACAUGGGGAUAAUCGCAAGCCAUUGAGCUGGGAUUUGAGAGUUGACAUAGCUCUUGAUAUUGCAAGGGGAUUGGAAUACCUACACUAUGGGGCUGUUCCUUCUGUUGUGCACCGCGACAUCAAGUCUUCCAACAUACUGUUGGACCGAUCAAUGAGAGCCAGGGUUGCUGAUUUCGGGCUUUCAAGACAAGACAGGAGCAAACUUCGUUCAUCUAAUAUCAGGGGAACAUAUGGAUAUGUUGAUCCCGAGUAUGUGUUGACAAAGACAUAUACCAAGAAAUGCGAUGUUUAUAGUUUUGGAGUGCUGCUGCUUGAAAUUAUUACAGGCAGGAACCCGCAGCAGGGCCUUAUGGAAUAUGUGGAACUUGUGACAAUCGACACGGAGGAUAAACUGGGGUGGCAAGAGAUUGUGGAUUCUCGUCUUGAUGGAAGAUUCAAUGUAGAACAACUCGCUAAUGUUGCUGAUCUUGCUUACAAAUGUGUGAGUGGUCUGUCGAAAAACCGGCCUUCCAUGAGGGACAUUGUACAGAGCUUAUCAUGGAUUUUGAUGAUGAAACAUAACACGGAGAUCUGCAAGCAAACCUCAAAUGAUGCAGCUGAAGAAACCUACAUUGAAAUAGAUCUGCUGGACAAUCAGGAUCCUUUAAUUGAACGCUGAAGAGAGACAAGCAGACAUCAAACUUCUAGCUGAAGCCUUGCAAUUGUAUAUUCAACUUUGUUCAUUUUAUGAUUUCAAUUGCUUUUACGGAAACGAGCCAAACCUCUAGAUUGAAGGAUUUAAAUGUAGGGCCUCGUGUCAUGUAGAAUAUUUUGCUUUCAUUAAAGAUCAUCGACAAUAAAAACUUUGGGGACCUCACUUUUAAUC